GUCCAUAACACGCAAAAAAAGAACUUGGCCAAUAUCCAGCCAUCUUGACCUCACGACCCGCUGUAGUCACCAAUCCUCUCUGGCAAUCUCCUCUCUCUUUGGAUGCUCAGCCAAAGGUUUGGUUACAAAGCCGCACGAAAACACACUAGAGAAUAAAGUGACAACACAGAAUACAUAAUUCGCGAAUAUUUGACGAAAAGUUUUUCGAUUUCUGUUGGUGCUCAUGUCCUUGUUGGUUCAGUAUGGAAAGAAAUUUCAUGGCAGCCGCGGAUCGUUCUCGUCCGACGAUUCAUCUGUUGAUUUGGGUUUAGGAUUCGGGUUAAAGCCAGGCGGUCUUCCGAAGUCAGAGGACGAUUCAAUCAGCGCCGGCUUAGAGAUAUUUAGCUUACUUCAGAAUCCAACAGCACCGACAGAGCCAGAAGAGACCCUUGAAAAGGUUGAACAGCGAUGCAAGCCUUUAACGUGGAAGAAUAGUUUACAAGAGAGCGUUGAACAUUUAAAAGAAAUUAAGGGUGGGCUAGCCAGAUUCUCGAAGUGGGGUUUACCCAAAAGGAGUUUCUCGCUUAAGCUGAAGAAAAGGGCAAACAGUGAAAUUACGUUAAAGAAUGACGAUGUUAAAGUUACUAAAGAAAAAGCACGGGGAUUGCGAAGGAUAAACUCUGUCAGAGUGGAUAGAAGAUCAUUGGUUGAAGAUGAUGAGUAUCGUGCACUUCAAUGCAAGCUUUUCAAAGCCAGACAGGAAAUUGAAAAUUUAACUUUGGAUUUGGAAGCUUGUCAGCAACAACUUCAAAGCAAAUAUGGUGCUGUGAAAAUCAUCCAAAGUUUGUCUCGUUUGGAGCAAGCACGACAAAAGCAACAUUCUAGAAAGGCAUUGGAAGCAAGCAAGAAACUUGAGCAGGAGGUGAAUUUCCUCCAGUGGGAACUUGAGCUGAAGCAAAGUUACCUGCUGGACAGUGAACAAACCUGGGCUGAGAGGUUUGACAGAGUGGCCACAGAAAAUGCUGCUCUUAUGGUUGCACUUCAAUCAAGAUCUGAGGAACUGAGAAAGGUUGCCACGGAGAAAAUGACACUCAUGCGUGAUCGUGAUGAGUUAGCAGCUGCACUGGAAGUUCGAGACAGGAUCAAAUAUGACCUGAGCACUCCUGAGAGGGAAGAAAUCUUGUCAACUGGAGAUCUCAUUAUUGAGUUAGCAACCCUUGGUGCCUGUCAGUGCAGGGGCAAAAACCAGGAACCAUGUGCAUGUGCAAGGGCUGCAGUGGAUGCUAAAAGGGACAUUGCAAAACUCAAGCAUGAGCUUGAAGUUGCUCAUCGACGUGAAGAAGAAGCUCUUCUCACUGCUGAUGCAUAUCGUGUUGCGUUUGAACAACAACUGGACAAGAAUUCCACACUUAUUUAUGAACUGUUAGAAAAAUCAAGUUGGAGAAAGAAGUUGGGAUUUGGCGAAAGCGCUAAAAAGAUAGGAAAACAGGAAAAUGGUAUGAAAAGCGAGCGAGAAAACCUGGUUCAUCAGAUAACGACACAUAAGGAUGAAAUUGUAGAAAAGCUUUUGGGCAUGCUCAACGACAACAGUGAGGCACUUGCGCACCAGAGACUAGCCACAAAGAUGUUAGCAGCAAAAAUGAAAGAGAUGGAGAAACGUGGCAAUGCUGGAGACUCACAAACUGUAUAGCAAUGCCAUAGGCGUUAAAGUAAUUCACACUCAGUUAAAAAUUUACAAUAAUCUUUCCAUAUAUGAAGUCGUAAUUUAUUUAUUGAUCACGAGGCUCUUUCUUCAUUUUUAAUCGAUCCCAGUUGUAAACAAAUAAUCCCCAAAAUUAUUCGCAGUACCUUGCACUGGAGACUUAAAGUAAUGACUACUUAAUUACUUUAUUGCAAAAAGGAAAAUUAUUUUUAUCGCAAAAAGAGGUGAAAUUAAAAAAAGAGACUUCAUUCACUUUAAGUAUGUUUAAACUUAGCUUAAUGUGUAAAUUAUAUCCAGAGAUAUUCAAUGUAAAAAUGGGUUGAAAAUAGGCCAACAAAAUUAGUAUUUUGAAGAGGUAUUUUUUUGGUAGUAAGUAUUUAUUUUUCAUGUUGUGAGUAUUUGAAAAACUGAACUAAGUCAAGGUGUAUUCAUGAUUCACCUUACUUUGUUACAGUUUGCCCUAGGGUUCCAGAGAGAGAUUUUAUUUUUCUGUAGACUAUGACAAGUUUAAAUGUUGAAAAGUUUCAAUUCUUUUUCUACAAAAAAUGCGAUGUUAUUUAUUUCCUAUAUUUGCAGAUUUAAAGAUUUUAUUUUUCGACUGGUGUAUUUAGUUUAUUGAAUAAUACCAAGAGAAGACGAACGGUAAGAAUGUUAAUCCGCCUUAAGGGUUUUUUUCUAAAGGUAAUCCCUCUCUUGAGCUAUUUUUAGACAUGGUACCCAGUUCUCUCUCCUACGUGGAUGUUUUCAUGGAGGACGAGAAUGCUUGUGAAGUAGUUUGGGCUGUCCACUUGAACAAAAUUCUUGUCACAGGAUUUGCAAUUUCACGACCUACCCGGAAUUUCCAAAGCUGGGAGUGGUUUAAAAUAGCUUUAGAGGAACAAGGCCUAUAUGAGGUUUUAACUUCCUUAUCCUUCAUAUUCCCUUGAUAAUACAGGUAACAAAAAUAAACAUCCAACCAUGUAUUUAAUUUUUUAGUAAUUAACCAUCUAAUUUAUUUAUGUCAUGUCGGAGUGUGUGGUGAGAAGAAUUGUGUAUUUACAAUGUUACAAUAAAACGUAAUUUAAGGUUA